CAAGGAGGAGCGCCGCGGCGGCCCAAAACUAAACAAACCCUUCAAAAAUUUUGGCGGUGUGAGGAGUGUGUGUCUGCCCUCCGUCUGUGUGCCACCCCCCUCACCCCACUGCGCCCCUCUGCGCCUCCUCCAGGACACGUGUGGGGCGCUGGUGGCCGUGUGGUGCCGGGCUGGCUGAAGUACAGGUGUUGUGCAGCUGAGGCAGCAGCGGCAGGAGAGAAAACAGGACACCAGACAUGGAGGGUGAGGAGGACGCCCAGCCUACCACCAGGCGGCGGCUGCCGGCCCGCCAGGCCAAGCCUACACUGCUGGUGAAUGAGCAGCGAGUGGAAGAGAGCUCAGUGUCACCAGCCAGGAUCAGCACUGCCCUCAAGAGGAAAACAAACAUGAAGGUGGAGGACCUGUACCUGCAGGAAAACUACAAGGAGCCACUGCCUACACCCCUGGAAACCAUCUUUGAGUCCCCACAGCCCAGCAGGAACCAGCGUGGGGACUGUCCUGAGGUAGCGCCACUGAUGGCCAGGCGGAAGCUGAAGCGUUUGUGUGUGUUUGGCAGCCACUACCAGCCAUCCCGCACCAAGCUGAGGCACCGCAGGGACCGCGCCUACCGCAUGAAGCAGCUCAGGGGCGUCAGAGUGCCACUGGGCAAGGCCUUCAGUGAGGACGAUGUGCAGAUGGCUCUGUCCUGCCUGGUGGAGGAGGAGGAGGAGGCUGAGGAGCAGAUCGUCGGCUUGCCACGCUCUCCCGCAGACUCUGUGAUGGAGAGUGUGACGCAGGACUUGAGUUUUUUACAGAUGGACAGUGAGCCAUCCCUUGCAUCACCGGGCCUGACAGCGUCCCAGCCCUCCAGGGAACAGCGGCGUAAGCGUAGGUCAGGCCUGGUUACCAGCCCCAGCAGUCCCCUCAGUGCAGCUCCUGUCGAUCACCCAGCACAGCCGCCCUCUGCCCGGAGGAAGAAACUCAGGCAACCAUCAGGUCUGGUGUUUGUCGACACAAGCAACAUCCUCCUGGCCCCAGAGGAUGCCCCAGGGGACAGGCCACCACACCCUGGGCCCAGCAAGGCAACAGGGUCACAGAGGAAGAGACAGAAGACCAGCAGUGAGACAGAGCAGGGCAGCAGGUCAGCCAGGAUGCUGAGGACCAAGUCAGGGAUGAAGAGGGACCCAGAUGCCUCACCAGCCUCUGCUAAAAAGAAGCAGUGCAUCCCAGACCCCUCCCUGGAGACACCCCCUGCCCCUCCUUCCCAGCGCUGCAAGACUCGUGGUAAAAGUAAAGGCACACGUAGGGUGUCUGGCAUCCACCGUCCCCUCUAUGCCACCAACACCACCACUGCUCAUACCCCAAACCAGAGCCUCACUACUGACACCCCUUCCCCAGCCAUAACACCCACCAACACCACUUCCCCAGCUGCCACCCCCACCAACACCACCUCCAGAGCUGCCACCCUCACCAACAUCCCUUCCCCAGUCAUCAUUCCCAGCCUCACACCUUCCCCAGCUGCCACCCUCACCAACACCCCUUCCCCAGCCAUCAUCGCCACCUACACCCCUUCCCCAGCCAUCAUCUCCACCCACACUCCUUCUCCAGCUAUGACUACCAAUACCAACUCCCCAAACACUGACAAGGAGCCCCUGACAGCUGCCCCUGGAGCCUCCCCAACCUCCCCCUGCACCAGAAUGGCCGCCCUCUCCCUGCAGUGCACCUCAUCACUCACCACCAAGCCCAGGAAGGCACGGCGAAGGUCUGCCCGCCUUAGUUUAGGAGUGGAGGGUAGUGAGGAGCUGAGAAAGAUGGCUCAUAGUGGUCUUGGUACAUUAUGGUUGUCUAAGUCACCUACCAUGGUUAGCACAGUGCAGAGUGGUGAUGGUGGUGGUGGUGGUGAUGAUGAUGAUGCCGUUCUAUCACCACCACAACCAUCAGUCAAGAGGAGAAAGGACAGUAGGAGGAGGCGAUCUAAUCAGUUCCUUCCAUUGCCUUGUGUGGAUGCUGAACUAUCUACCACUACUACUACUACUGCCACUGCCACUGCUAUUACUUCCACCUUACCUACUGUCUCCAUUACCUGCCGCCAAGCUAACUCCACACCCCCAAAGGCAGGCCCUCUCCCCAACUCCCCCUUUACCCAUCCCUUACACAACACACCCACACAGGUAACUCAUAAUGGGAUAGGGGAAGGCAGGGAUAGGGAUGGUGGGAGUGAAGGGAUGGGGGAGAUGGGAGGCAGUACAUCCUCUUAUGUUAGUGAAGGCUCCUCCCUGUCACUCUCCCCAGCCUUAUCCAAGUCUGAUAUUCAAAACAUUGCCAUUUUAGAGGAUCUUAGUGACCUCACCACACCUUCACCUACUAAUCUCAUCCCAUCUGUUAAAACUCCUACCUCUGCUGCCCUCACCCCUGCCACACCCUUGACUCAGAGUGAAGAGCUACCACCAGUGCCUCUCACCCCACCAGUAGGCCACACCUCACCCCCCAUUCUCACCCCUAUUUUGAGAGAACAGAUAGUCACACCCCUCACCCCUUCUACAGACCUCAGUGCCCCUGUUCUCACCCCAUAUAAAAGUCAAUCUCUCACCCCUAAGCAUCCCAUACCUACUGUCACCCCAUCUACAGAAAAUGUCCAUCUCACCCCUAAUGGAGAUAUUGCAGCUCCAUUCACCCCUUCCACAACCCAGGCUACCAACACCACAGCCUGUGACACCCCAGCUAGGCUCACCUCAACUAGUGUCACCCCAGCUAACAUCACCCCUCUCAGUAUCACCCCAGCAGCACACAGGGACCAGCACAUCAGCCCAGAGGAGGAAUGGGACUCACCGAUUGUCUCAGGUAUUAUGACAAACGAGACAGUGAUUCGACUGGGGCGUGUGUACUAUGGUAGCCAGCUCUCCCCAUCCCUCUCCCGCCCCAGUGUGACGUGAUAGGGUGUGUUUGGUGUUCCUGGGUGUUUGUCUCUCUUUGGUGUGACUUUUUAAUAUUGUUUUUUUUGUAUAGACAUUUUAAUAUUGUGUUUAUUAUUAUUUGUUUUUAUUAUUUUUAUGGUUAUUGUGGGAUUUCAAUUUUUGUGGGUUCUUUUUAAUGUGCACCAUUGAGAAACAGCUUUUGUCUCUGUCGGAUGAGUUUUGUUGUGAAUUGUUUUGUUCUCAUUUUUUAGUUGUUUUUAUUAUUAUUUCUUGGCAUAUAUAUUUUACUACCUUUGUUUAUUUUUUUAUAUAUAUAGUUGCAAGACUUUCUCUGUCUCCAGUUUGUAUUUUUUGUGAGUAGAAUUGAGGCGAGUGUGAUGAGAGGAGCGUCCGCCAUCAUUCUCUCACUUGUACUGCCAACCAUGAGAAAUUGUAACUUUCAUACAGUUCCCACACAAAUCUUUUAUAAAUACUAGAGCAAUAUAAAUAAACCACUUUUUCUUGAUAA